AUGUUGACCCACAGUUGCACUCCAGCCAAUCAGAUCGAAGAUGGAAACUUUCGUUUCGAACUCCCCUCAACCGCUGAUAUUUCAGUGCUCGCGAACAAGAUCUUAGAGACGACUGUGGAUGCCGAUCCUACGUCUCUUACGGUCUCGAACCAACCCAGGGGCAAUGAAACCUUAGUGUCCACUCUGAAAGGGCGAAAUCUGCAAACUCUCGGGCUGAAGCAUGGGGAUAUGAUAUUUGUGGGGUAUGCUACCAAAGCUUCACAAACUCCCGCAACACCGAUGUCCAUCGAUGCACCGAGCUCGACGCGACUGCAGCACUCAAAUUUAUGGGAAACUGUACAAGAAGACGCGGUUGACAUUUAUUGGCACUCGAAAGAUGGAAAAAUUCCACGAGGUCGUGACGCCCGUUUCUGCAAACAUGGCGUCAACGGGAUGUGUGACUAUUGCAUGCCACUUGAGCCAUACGAUGCUGCUUAUCAGGCCGAACAUAGCAUAAAACACCUAUCGUAUCACGCGUAUCUUCACAAGAUAUCGCCAAAAACUGGCGGGCACCCGCCUUGGCCAGCCGGAAUAUGCACAGGCUGUCAACCUUCUGCAAUCACGCUCCAGUCUCAGCCGUUCCGUAUGGUCGAUCACCUGGAGAUCGCUUCACCGGAUAUUAUUGAACGCUUCCUCCAAGCAUGGAGAUCCACAGGAUUGCAAAGGUUUGGCUGGCUCAUUGGACGCUAUGAGCCAUAUGAAAAGGUGCCAAUGGGCAUCAAAGCCGUGGUUGAGGCCCUAUAUGAACCGCCUCAAGAAGGUGAACUCGACGGAUUGACUCUUGGCAUUCCAUGGGAGGACGAGCCUCGCAUUCGAGAGUUAGCCAAGAUGUCUUCAGCUCCAUUGUCCAUCGUGGGUUACAUUUUUACAGACUUGGACCCAGAUCCAGAAGAUAGGACUAAAAACAUAUAUAAACGUCAUCCUCAUUCUUUCUUUGUGUCCUCCCUGGAGGCCAUCUUUGCUGCCACUAUACAGAAGUCUAACCCUACUCCUUCGCGCUCAUCCCCUAGUGGAGCAUUCGGAUCACGGAUGGUCACCGCCAUUCUGACAGCCACGGAAGACGGAAAAGUGGACAUCUCUGCAUAUCAAGUCUCCGAGCAAGCGUGUGCAAUGGUAGACGCUGACAUGAUCGAAGCCAGUGUGGAACCUGGAAUUGUUCGCAUCAAAGAGGAAGACCGCAGCCAGGAUACGGCACGUUACGUACCCGACGUGUUUUUCAGGUAUAAGAAUGAAUACAACCUCGAAGUCAAGAAGACUGCCAAACCCUGCUUCCCGGUUGAAUACCUUCUCAUAAACGUCACGCAUGGUUUCCCCCAGAGUCCAUCACCACUGUUCCGUUCGAACCAGUUCGCCAUCGAGAACCGCCCAGGACUUGAAGACCAACACAUAGAAGAUGUACUCAGGACCUUGGCCAGGCUUGGCGCUCCUCAGUUGUCAGAUAGUCCACUUACAUCAACGAGCGAUGCGUCAAAACAUCUGGAGCUCGCCAAGUGGCUCAGCGAUUGGCAUUUACUUGCAUUCCUUGAGACCACGCAACUCGUGUCGAAGGUCGACAUGAAAGUUCUCGUUAGCACAGUGACUUCACCAUCAUUGUUGGGGGAUCCUUCGGCACUGAACGCACUUUUCAAGACCGAAAGCUGGCAAACACUCAUGACAUUCACCCGGGAGAGUGCUCCAUCAUUACCUUCUACAUCUGCGCCUGGUCCGUCAUCAUCGCAUAUCGAUGAAGACAUACCUCAAGACGUGUUCGAUCAAAUCGCUGCCGAAGAAGCGACUCGAAGGGAAAGUCCUAGCGGAGUGGGCUCGGGUGUCAAGAUUUGUCCACAUUGCACAUUUGAAAAUCCCCAGGGAGAGACAGAUUGCGAAGUGUGUGGAUUGCCCUUGGGCUAA